UGAUAUUGAUCAUUAACAGAUGCCAGACCUCGACACCCCGUACUCCCGAGCCAGCGUCCCGAAUAUCAACCGCCCUACCAUCGAGCUCAACAGCAAGAGCAUCAACACCAUCCUCACUGAGCGCCAGCAGCAGCUGGAUGCAGUGUUGCGCGACAUCUCAGGUCUGGAAACGGUUGGACAGCAUCAAGAUUUUGCACCAGCAACUUGUCGAACGGAAGGAGAAUAUCAUCCAAUCCAUGACUUUUCACACGGGACUAGGGUCGGCUCUCUGGCGCUUGCCAACUGAAGUCAUAACCCAAAUUUUUCACCGCUUGUCUCCCGGAAGACAAAUAUUUGACACCCGCAUCAAACCUGGCCCCCAUGCUUUUGACCAGAAUAUGCCGACCAUGGAGGGACGUUGCUGUGGAUAUGCCCGGUUUAUGGUGCAGGUUGCAUGUGGAUAUCAACAUCAAUGGAGUCGGGCAAGAAGAUGAGGAAGUCGACGACAGCGACUGGGAGGAAUCAGAUGUGGAAUUCGAUGAUAACGCCUGGCAGCGCGCUGCUUUCUGCUAUAACUCCUGGCUCAAGCGAUCGCGAGGACGUCCACUUUCGUUAGUACUCAGGCGGUACCACUCAACCAAGCUCUUAGGAAACCUUCUUCAGCCUUACGCCAAUCAAAUCUCGUCUCUCUCUAUACGUUUUCUCCGACGAGUGGGAAAACCACAACCUUUGUUAAAAGACGUACCAGCACUUCGAGAGUUGGUCAUACUAGAGAUGAAAGGUCCUGACAUUCAAUCCAUGGCACAAUCUAUCUCGCAACUUCCAUUCACAAUGCGCGUUCUCGAUGUCAUGAAAUCGCCGUUCGACAUGCAUCGCUUAUCUUCUCUCAAUCCCGUAUGGGCCCACCUGACACAGGUCAAGAUCACCCUGCUUCAUCCGGAUGCAUUUUUCCACUUGCUCCAUCUAUGUCCCAACCUCUCCUCGUUGACUGUUGCUGCGGUAUUCGGUUACCGACGGACCUCGGAGUCAUUCACGCACACCAACACGCACACCAACAUUCAAUCCUUAGACAUUGAUUAUACUACUGACUCCGCGAUGAUCCUAAACCCUUUAUCUAUAUUCGAUACUCUAUCACUCCCCAAUUUGCGUGUGCUCAAAGCUCGCUGCCUUACCCCGGUGCAUCAUAAGCAAUUGAGGAAAUUUUUUGUCCGGUCAAAGUGUCCCCUGGAGCGCCUGAUUUUCGGUGGUUGGGCGAAGGCGACGGAUAGGGAGCGAGCAAAGUAUGUUGCCCUUAUUCCUUCCCUCGACGUAGUAGUGACAUAGGAAUCGGUUGUUACGCGUCUCACAAAAUGCUGAUAUUAGGUCUUGGCAGCGGAGGUGGUAUCGUACUACGUAUCAUGUCGAUACUAUACAUUAUAUGUCGUUCAUGCACGUUUAUGCCUCACGAGAAAUUCCAGGCCUGGAGUCAGGGGAAAGAUCAACCAAA